CAUUCUCCCUCGGAUCCUUCCAGUAGUUCAGAAAGGAGCAGAGAAAAAAAUCUGAUCGAGCCUUUCCGGUCUGGUUUCCUUCCAGCUCUCUGCUGCCGGAGCUGAAGGAAGCAGAACCGAGCCGAGGACUUUAAACCCAACGCUACUGUAUGCGCUUCGUGUUGCUGUCACCUCCCUCUGACUCGGUCCCUGAGGCUCCAGCUGGAGACAUAUCUUGUCUGUCGCCCUAGCGGCGGGAGGCGCCGCGGCAGCCGGACUGCGCUGCUCCCCCUCCUGCUGUCGUGGACUCUGGAGGAGUGAAAGGAAAAAAAAAACGCAAACUGGGUGGAAACCUGAGCCCAGCGGUGAUGAGAGCUCUCCCUGAGUGGAUUUCACUGCUCUUCUCCCAGAAGCAUCUGGAAAGGAUAACCCAGGGAUCCACUCCUCCUCCAUCUCUGGACUCCCUCCCGGCAGCAGUGGAUAUGCUGGAUAGCGGUUCUCCUCUGUGCAUCGGCUGAGGGAUCUGGAUCCUGCCCAUCAUUAAAGCCCUCUCAGCAGAUCGGUGAUCCUGACCCCAGCGAUGCAGUGAGGAUGUGCGCAGCCAGGUUCAGCGGCUGCCUCAACGGCUGCACGGAGGAGGCCGCCUGCGCUCCGCUCACGGCCUCCAGGAUGCUGGACUGGACCGAAGUUGGUGCUCGGAUCCUUAGCAGCCUGGAGAUGGGAACCGUGAUGACCGUCUUCUACCAGAAGAAGUCCCAGAAGCCUGAGAGGAGGACGUUCCAGAUCAGACAGGACAGCAGGCAGAUAGUGUGGAGCAGGAGUCCUGAUAAGAUGGAAGGAGAAGUUGACAUACGUGAGAUCCGGGAGCUGCGGUUGGGGAAAGGCUCGCGUGAUUUCGAGCGUUACCCAGAGGAGGCUCGUAAACUGGACCCGGCCCACUGCUUCAUUGUGCUGUAUGGCCUUGAGUUUCGCUUGCGAACACUCAGCGUCGCAGCCUACAGCGAGGAGGAGGUCAACAUGUGGAUCACCGGUCUGAACUGGCUGAUGGUCGAUACCCAGCGAGCACCAGCACCACAGCAGAUAGACAGGUGGCUCAGGAAACAGUUUGAAGUCAUGGACAGGAAUCAUGAAGGCAGCAUCACAUUGAAAGAUGUCAAAGCCCUUCUGCCUCAGAUCAACUACAGAGUCCCCAACAUGCGCUUUCUCAAAGACAAACUGCAGGAGGUAGAGGCAAAGAGUGAUUUAUUGUACCCCAACUUUGCACAGCUCUACAGGACGCUUAUGUUUGACGCACAGAAGAGUAUAAUUGAGCAGCUGGAGCUGUCCUUUCCCCUGCGAAAUGUGGACCGACCAGAGCUUUGUCAAAUCUCCCUCUACGACUUCCAGAAGUUUUUACAGAUGGACCAGAAGGAAUCUUGGGCAUCAGAUCUGAGUCGAGUUCGGGAAUUUCUCAUGAGCUACAUGAGGGGAGGACCUCAGCCUGAGCCAAUGCUGCAGCUGGACGAGUUCCUGACCUUCCUGUUCUCAAAAGAAAACUCUUUGUCUGACCCUCGACUUUCACCUGUUGUCCCCGAUGACAUGAAAAGACCGCUUUCACAGUACUGGAUCUCCUCCUCACACAACACGUACCUUACAGGUGACCAGUUUUCCAGUGAAUCAUCUCUAGAAGCCUACGCUCGCUGUCUGAGGAUGGGCUGCCGCUGCAUUGAACUGGACUGCUGGGAUGGACCAGAUGAUCUGCCAAUCAUCUACCAUGGUCACACUCUAACCUCAAAGAUCAAAUUCCUGGAUGUGCUGCACACCAUUAAAGAACAUGCCUUUGUCACAUCCGAGUAUCCUGUGAUACUGUCCAUUGAGGACCACUGCAGCGUGGUCCAGCAGAGGAACAUGGCCACGCACUUCAAGAAGGUGUUUGGAGAGCUGCUUCUCACCAAGCCGGUUGACAAUAAUGCAGACGAGCUCCCCUCACCCUACCAGCUCCGCAGGAAGAUCCUCAUUAAGCACAAAAAGCUGGUUGAAGGAACCGUCUAUGAAGAGGUGGCUUCAGCUAGCUACUCUGAAAAUGACAUCAGCAACUCGCUGAAGAACGGCAUCCUUUACCUGGAGGACCCCAUCGACCAUAUGUGGACGCCGCAUUAUUUCGUUUUGACCAGCAAUAAAAUUUACUACUCAGAAGAGACAUCUCACUACCAGACGACUGAUGAAGAGGAGGAUGAUGAAGGAAAGGAGGAGUGUAACAACAAUGAGCAGCACUGUGCAGAGCGAUGGUUUCAUGGGAAGCUGGGAGGAGGCCGUGAUGGUCGGCAGGUUGCAGAGAAGCUGCUCCAGGACUACUGUGAAGGAGGGGGGAAAGACGGCACCUUCCUGGUGCGAGAGAGUGAGACGUUUGUCGGAGACUACACUCUGUCUUUCUGGCGCUCUGGUCGGGUGCAGCACUGCAGGAUCCACUCGCGUCAAGAGUCUGGCUCCACCCGUUUCUACCUGACAGACAACCUUGUGUUUGACAGCCUCUACCGACUCAUCUGCCACUAUAGAGAAACACCGCUGCGCUGCAAUGAGUUUGAAAUGAGGCUGGGGAACCCUGUGCCUCAACCCAACGCACACGAGAGCAGAGAAUGGUAUCACUCCAAUCUGUCUCGUGUUCAGGCUGAACACAUGCUGAUGCGUGUUCCACGAGAUGGAGCUUUUCUGGUGCGAAAACGCAGUGAGCACAACUCCUAUGCCAUCUCCUUUAGGGCGGAGGGUAAGAUCAAACACUGUCGCAUCCAGCAGGAAGGUCGUCUCUUCAUGUUGGGGGGAUCAGCAGAGUUUGAGAGUUUGGUGGAUCUAGUCAGUUAUUAUGAGAAACAUCCACUGUACCGUAAAAUGAAGCUGCGCUACCCCAUAAAUGAAGACACUCUGGACCGCAUGGGCACCAUGGAGCUUGACUAUGGAGCCCUGUAUGAGGUCAGAACUCCUCAUUUUUAUGUGGAGGCCAAUAAGAUGCCCACAGCCCGGUGUACUGUCAAAGCUCUGUACGACUACCGAGCUCAAAGAGAAGAUGAGCUUUGCUUCCCCAAACAAGCACUUAUCCAAAACGUGGACAAGCAGGAGGGGGGCUGGUGGAGAGGCGACUAUGGGGGAAAGAAGCAGCUGUGGUUCCCUGCGAACUAUGUGGAGGAGGUGUCCUGCUCUCCUACCAGAGAACUGGAUGAAGUGUCUACAGAGAACAGUCCUCUGGGUAACUUUCUAAAAGGCUUCAUUGAUGUUCCCACCUGCCAUGUUGCUGUGCAUAAAGAUGGGAAAAACUCUCGCCCCUUCGUGUUUACCAUUCACUCCCAGCACCUGAGCUCUCAUCCGGUCCAGAGUCUGGACGUGGGUGCUGACAGUUUGGAAGAUCUUACCGCCUGGGUCAGCAAAAUCCGAGAAGCUGCACAGAACGCUGAUGCACGGAUGCAGGAGGAGAAACAAAUGGAGAGGAGGAAGAAGAUCGCUGUGGAGCUGUCUGACCUUGUUGUUUACUGCAGGCCGGUGCCUUUCAACGAAGACAAGAUCGGGACAGAGCGCGCCUGUUACAGAGACAUGUCUUCCUUUCCGGAGACUAAAGCAGAGAAGUUUGCGACCCGUGCCCGAGGGAAGCGCUUCUUACAGUACAACCGUCGGCAGCUCUCUAGAGUUUAUCCAAGAGGCCAGAGAUUGGAUUCGUCCAACUAUGAUCCGCUGCCCAUGUGGCUCUGCGGCUCCCAGCUCGUCGCUCUCAAUUUCCAAACUCCGGAUAAACCCAUGCAGCUGAACCAGGCCUUGUUCAUGCUUGGAGGCAGCAGUGGCUUCGUUCCUCAACCUGACAUCAUGAGGGAUGACGCCUUUGAUCCUUUCGAUAAGGACACACUGCAUGUUGAGCCAAUCACCAUCCAGCUACAGGUACUGGGUGCCCGUCAUCUGCCAAAAAAUGGCCGCAGCAUCGUUUGUCCUUUCGUAGAGGUGGAGAUCUGUGGAGCUGACUACGACAGUUUCAAAUACAAGACCGACGUCGUGGCUGAUAACGGUCUGAAUCCUGUGUGGCUGCAGAAGCAGUUUGUGUUCGACAUCCACAACCCCACUUUCUCCUUUCUGCGCUUCACCGUUUACGAAGAGGAUAUGUUCAGUGACCCCAACUUCUUGGCACAGGCCACUUAUCCAGUCCGUCUGCUGCGAACAGGUUACAGGAGUGUUCCUCUGAAGAACAGCUACAGUGAGGAGCUGGAACUGGCCUCACUUCUGGUUCACAUCGAGAUCGUCAAUGCAAAGGAGGAAGAUGAAGAGAACAUGUACACAUCUAUUCAGAGGCUGAGGGAUCGAACCAGUGAGCUGUCCACCAAGGUUUCCCUCCUGGAGAGGUCAGGAUCUGCGGAUCUGAGCUACCAGCAGAGUCUGGAGGAGCUCAGGGCAGCUCAGGAUCAGCUGAGUGAGCUGGUGGAGGCCCGUAACCGCCGGUUGAUGGAGAAAAAGAGAAGAGAGAAACUAAGGCAGCAUUUUGCAGCGAAACGCAGCUAAACACGCCGUCCACCACAGAGCGCUAACCGUCUAACAUAGUGCCUGGCACGCUAUGAAGCAGCUGCCUCUACAGAAGCGACAUGCAAUCUGAAACUGGAAAAAAGGAGGACAAAUGACAGCACUUAUAUAGAUUAGAAACAGACAUCUCAUGGAAUAAAGACAUAAAAUGAAGCUAUAAAACAGUCAGGAUUUAAGCUGGAACAGAUAAAGAGUAAAAUGUGGGGGCUACUUCUGGGCAUUUCACUAAAGAGGUUUUACAAGAAGGUAAUAUAUUGAUAGUAUAUUUUCAACUGCUGUGUAAAAUUUAAAAUUUUUCAACACAAUUUUAGUCAAAGUUUGACUCACGGUGAAGCUUUUGUUGCAAAAAAGUACUUCAAAAUUCAGUAAAAAAAUUAAGCAUAUUACAUCUGAUCUUACCGCGUUUUAGUUUAAGAUUAAUAACAGGAUAAAAGGGAGAAGAAAUCUCAGGUUUAACAAAAUGUUAAUAAAAAUGUUGAUAUCUGGAUAUACAAGGGAAGGUGUGGGCACGCGUGGCAAAGGAAAGAUCCUGUAUGUGCCUUUUGCUGUCAAACUUUGUAAAGUUGUCUAAAAAGAUGUUUUUCUUAACUAGAACUGGAAGGUUUUUUUUCUUUGUGAGAAAAAAACAAAAAAACUGGAGAAGGAAUGCACUCUUUUGGCUCAGACCACUAAUCAUGAAGUAAUUUAAAGACUGAAGUUUCUUAAUUGAGUCUUUUUUGGGGGGCAAUAACAUGAACUAGACCGUAAUAAGAGCACAAUAUGUCGAACAAAUUCCCACCAAAACACACAAGAAGGUCUUUUCCCAAUAAUUAUAAGGGCUCAAUAUUAAUCCACUCUACCUUCAGAGACAGUGCGCCCCAUGGAUGUCAACCAUUACACUCAAAUCAAAUAAGGGCUAUGACAGAAAGCUAGUAGUUUUUUUUUUAACACAUCAGAUAAAACCUGUUGGUAUUAGACUCCAUCAUCUUUUAAACAACACAUAGGAAUGUCCUGGAUUUGCAAAAAGAUUGUUUGAUUACUGCAUGGCUUCUUGCCUUACAGACUUUACCUUCGUCUAACCAAUCAGCAUGUACAUAACUUCUUUUACAUAAAAGAACAUAUUACUGGAAGGAUGCUCUCUGUAAUUUUAUGAUGAAAUUAAUAUUGUGUACCUGGAGCUCCCUUUAAAGAAAUGUUUUCAUAGAUACAAACCUUUUUUUUUCUCCCUGAAGUAUUUAGUACUGUGCAGGGACUACUAUGCAAACGUCAUCUUCUCGACCUACAGCCUUUGUGUAUUAUGAAAACUGUCAGCAUUUGUGUUUUCUCUCUCUGUACCCAUGCUUACUGUCCAGUAUUAAUACUCUAUAUUACUAGUGCAAGUUCCCAGUUAAUAAAACUGUUUCUGUAUACUCCUAGACUA